GUGGUGCGUCGGUGCGUGAAUUGUGAUAACAUUAGCCGACACAUCUCAGUAUUCCAUAGGUGUUUCGGACCAUGAACAUGUCUUGUGAGUGUUUGAGAAUUUGAUUAUCAAACUGAUUAAUUUGGAUUCAAAAUGUCUACAUUUUGUAGAAUCACUGGCAGAAGUCGGGGACUGCCGAAGCCAAAUUAUUUCCCACUGCUUCCUCCAAUCUCUCCGGCUGAUGCUAAGCGGUUUUGUAGGAUUACGGGAAAGUCUUACGGUCUUCCUGCUCACCACUAUAUUCCAGUUUUGGUCAGUACAAAACCAAAGAAAAAAGCGGCUCAAGCGCCUAUUCCACUUAUUGGUCAGGAGAACGGGAUUCAGACUAAAAGCCACGUUCUAGUGGCAGACUAUAGGUAUGUGUUCCCAGUGUGUGAGGAUUCUUCGGAUCUUGUUCAGCUUUUGGACGGUAAGAAUAUUGAAAGUAAAGCACACUAUAUUUAUAAAGUUGCUGAACGAAGAUGUAGCUUGGUGUUUUCUGCGAAAAUGGAAGCUGCCGUCAGGGAUGGUGAUAUAAGGAAUGUUAUGUUAGCUAAAGACUCUGAUACUCUCCUAUUGAAGCUGAGAAAAGGAGGAGAUGUAGCCAUUGAUGUGAGGGAUAUAUCUAUCGAGGGCUUAGACAUAUACGACGGAGAGGGUCCCAGCGAGGAAGUGGUCAAUCAAAGGAAAAAGAGGAAAAGGAAGGAAAAUUCUGUUAUGUCUACUGUUGGGAAGAUAUUUGAAGAAAAGGAGCGUGUAGCGGAAAUAGAAGAAGAAAAGGAUAAGAAGAAACAGAAAGUACUGAAGAAAGAAAGUGCAAACGAUGUAAGUAAAGCCAAGACUGACGUUAAACGUCAAAAGUGGAAUGAUGUGAAGCCUGAGCCACUGGACAUAGUUGUGACAGCAAGUUCGGAGGAGUUGAGUCCUCUGUUUGAAAAUAAUAACUGGUCUAAUUUUGAUGAAACCUUUCAAAACAAAGGUCGGCCUGUCGUCGAUAAGAUGCCUUCUCCGUGUGUUUUGGAGCCGGAGGUUGUGGACUUGAGUACUUCUUUACCUGGAUUAAUUCAAGCACCGGCAGUUUUGGACAGCACAACUGGACUUGAAGUUGUAUCGGCUGUGAAUCCUAUAUCACCUUUAAUUGUGGAACCAGAUCUGGAGCUGCAAAACUGUAUUAAAAAACUAGAUAGUUCCGAACUUGAAAAGACUGCGGAUGCUAAACAGGUAUUUUCUAGGGAUAAGCAUAACCUUAACAUGUUACCAACAAUAUUGGAGAUUCCAGAACUGCUAGAACAUUUGAAGGAAGGGACUCACUCUACGAUAGGGAGCUCUCAGUGUCAAGUUAGCGGAUUGAAACUUGAUAUACACACUGCUUCAAAAUUUAUUGUAGGAGUUACAGUAGAAACCCCAAAUGGCCCUGUGUUUGUUCCCGGACAAACAGUUAACACUCCAAAUGGAGAACAAUUUGUUCCUGGAAUAACCAUAAAAACUCCAGAAGGUGUUCCACAGCUCUUACCUGGACAGAUAUUUGAUGUAAAGGAUGAAAGUGGAAUGAAACAACCUGUUUUUGUUGCUGGUCAGGUGCUUAAUACUAGGGAAGGUGAAACUUUUGUUCCUGGUCAAAAGGUUGAAACCAAAGAUGGACCUAAAUUCGUUCCAGGUCAAACCAUAAUGACCGAAGACUCGUUGAAAUUUGUCCCUGGCCAGAUUAUUAGAUCAGAAGGUCAUGAAGAACCUCAGUUUGUCCCAGGAAUCACUGAAUUGGACUGUGAUGGUCACAAGUUUGUACCAGGUCAAAUGCACACAGAUCAGUAUGGGCAAAUAUCAUUUGUACCUGGGCAAAGUGAACUUGCAGAAGAAGGUUGGAAUUUUGUUCCUGGCCAAAGCGUAACUACUUCAACUGGUGAUGUCAAGUUUGUCCCAGGACAAGUUGUAAAUUCUAAAGAUGGCCCUACUUUUAUACCUGGCCAAACCGUUAAAACCAAAUUUGGAGACAACCAAUUUGUUCCCGGAGUUGUAGUAGAGGGAGAAGAAGGAACAAAGUUUGUUCCAGGUGCUGCAAUAAAAACUGCAGAUGGACCUCAGUUUGUAGAGGGACAACUUUUCAGAUCAUCAAGUGGUAAAAUGCACUUCAUUCCUGGGGUCACUGAAGUUUCAGAAGAAGGGACGUUUGAAUUCGCAGCAGCUCGUCAUGUGAGUGAUAUUGUCACCAGAGAUAGUUCAUCUCUUGGAAUUUCUAUUCAAAAUGCUGUCAUUAACACUACAGAUAAGUCAGACACAGUUUACGGGCACAUGGUUCAGACUAGGCAAGGAGUAGAGUUUUUCCCAGGAGUUGCAUCAGGGCUGCCAGCAGGUAAAGUUGUUCCUGGAAGAUUAGUUAGAGGAAAAGAAGUCAAGUUUGUACCCGGAGUGAUGAUUGAUGACAAAUUCGUUCCUGGGCAGGUAGUGACAACAGAAAAUGGCGAACAGUUUGUACCUGGACAAGUUGUAGAAACAAAAGAUGGGGCAAAGUUUGUGCCAGGUCAAGUCAUUGACACACGUUCAGGACCAAAGUUUGUGCCUGGACAAACAGUGGAGACUCCAGAAGGUCCUAAGUUUGUUCCUGGCCAAAUCGUAGAAACGAAAGCUGGCCCAACAUUUAUCCCUGGCCAAGUAAUAUCCACUGAUGAUGGAGGAUCACGGUUUGUACCAGGUCAAGUAGUUGAAACCAUAGAAGGACCUAGGUUUGUACCAGGAAGAGUGGUUGAAACAGGGGAUAAGGUAUCGUUUGUACCUGGGCAAGUCGUUGAAACCAGUGAAGGUCUGAAAUUCAUUGCUCCUGAUUUAGAGAAUGAUUCCCAAGGCGAUGUUCAGUUUACUGUGCAAGGGUUUGAAAUUACUCCUGAGGAGUUAAGUCUAUUACGUCCUCAAAUCAACACAAAUUCCAUUUUUGCUCCAACUUCCAGUGAGAUGUCCAUAGACUCAAGAAUGAUGAGGCAACUAUCAGAAGCCGGUAUGGCAGUUGGGAAACAAGUCCCUGCAGAAGUACCGAAGGUUGAUGUGAGAACUGUUCCUGCUAUGGGAGUCGCUUGUUCCUUGAGAGAUCGUUUACCUGGAAAUAUUGACCCAGUAACUACAAUAAAGCUGAGCCAAAUCUUAGCAGCUGUUGCUGAUUUUGAUUGUACAAUUCCCAUUAACGGUAGUGAAAUUGUAGACACCCCUAAAGAAGGAAUAAUAUUGAAAGCCAUGAUGAAAGCUGCAGCACAAGCAGAUACUGAGCUAGCUUUGUACAAAAAUGUGUGUGCUGUCCUGGAAAAAGCUCUUUUGUUAGAAGAUAGGGAUGAAAUAAUACCUAUAGUAGACAAUCUACAUAAAUUUGUACUUCAUUCACCCAAAUUAGAGCUGAUGCGACCUAAAAAGAAAAUGCAGGUUUUAAAAGACGUUAUUGUUGGAAAUGUAAGUAGUGAGCAAGAAAUAAUUGAUAAGUUAAGCUACAUUUUGAAAGACGGAGAAGCUUCUGUUCUCGAAGGUUUCAAAAACUUCACCAAAGGUUGUCCCGAAAUUGUAGGUAAAAUUGUUCAACGAAUGACAGACACCUUGGAUAAAAUAGAAAAUGAAAAAGACGCAUCCGAGUCACUUCAAAAAGCAAUAAUUGAAGUUGUAAGAGAAUCAAGCGACAUCAGCAUACACAACGUUUUAAAUAACGCUACAGGAGAUAACGUGAAAAAUAUGUUCUUAGAAGCAAUCGGACUAGCUCGAGCAAUGGGAAUGAGAGAAGUAGCAAGUACUUUACUUUGUGUUCUAGCUGACCCUAGAAAAGCAGAGCUACUCGUAAAUGAUAGAGUGACAUUUGAAAUCCUUCGAAGACUCACUGUCAUGAGGCACCUAGCAGAGAAAAGGCCUAAGUUUGGAACUGCUUUACUUCAAUUAAAAACCGACCCUGACGAAGCCAGAUCUGACCCUCUAGUCAGGGAACUGGUGAGAGAAAGCGGAGCGUUGAUGAUUAUCCCAGAAGAGACAAAAAUACAAUCAGCUGGUGACAUUCCCAUAUCGCUGAUAGCCAACAAUAACAGUCUCGCAAUGGAGGACUUUAUGCUGAAGAACAAGAAGCACGGCAUCUUAGUGAUCGUAAAGCACGGUAUCCAAUGUGUCAUUCCUCGGGAGGCGUGUAGAGCCGUUCUGACAGGGAAGGUGCCGUACACAGUGUUGGACGAGCGAGGGAUGCACACAUUCGCGCCUCUACACGUCUUCUCAGCCCUGCACAUCCCGCAGAUGUACACCCAUCGGUUCUCCAUGUACUCCGUAUCCACUGAGGAGGAAGCCCCGACUCUCGGCACCAUCACCCCCGCCAGCGCCGCCAGUGUAGAGGACGUCUCCACCCUCCACUCGUCGCAGCAUAAGGAUACAGCAGAUAAGGAGGGUGGCGACGUUAUCUUUUCCGCGAACCAAGAUUACUUGUCCAGUGACUUAGACUCUUUGUCGCUUCACAGAGGUGAACAGGUUAUAGUCCUCGACACUGUCGGAGGAAAUCUCAGUACUGCCAAACAAUCAGAAUUAGAUGCAGACCUAAACUUAGGGGGAGAAGUGACGUCACUUUUGGACAAUUCCGCAGCGAGACACAAGCUCGCCGUUCGACCACGAAAGAGAUACACAGGUUCACGACACCGAGACAUUUCACCAUCGGUUCCAGAACAACAGAGAUGGUUGGUCCAAUCUAUAGAAGACCCUGGGAGACAAGGGUGGGUCCCAGCCACUGUACUCAGCACACACGAAGACUCUCCCGACGACAUGAAACCAAACGACGCAAAGUUCAACAGGGAUGUCGUAGUAAGGGAAUUGAUAGAAACAGAGGAAGAGUUUGGCCGAGACAUCCAGCAGGUCAUAGAUGCUUAUCUCAAACCCCUGGACAGCCCCAGUGUGCCGAGAGUCGUACGAGACAACAAAGACGUCAUCUUCGGCAAUCUCAAGAAGAUCUCUGAAUUCCACAAUACAACUCUCAUUGAAGGGUUGAGGUACUACGCAGAGCAGCCCAAAAUGCUGGGAAAAACAUUCCUUAGACUGGAGAGAGAUUUUGACAAGCAUGUCGCUUACUGUAGAGAUGAACCUGCUGCCCAGGACUUUUUUCUAGACAACGACGAAGCUAGAGACUAUUUUGAGGAGCUGAGCCAACAACUUGGUGACGACAAGAGCCUCUCCGAACACCUCAAACUACCCGUACAACGCAUCAACGACUACCAGCUGCUGCUCAGGGAGCUGGUGAAGUAUUCAACGAGACUUGGAGAAGACACGACUGACCUCGGGAAGGCUCUUGAGUUGAUGCUUGCAGUGCCUCACCGGGCAAACGACAACAAGUUCAUCAGUAACAUCGAGGGUUACCACGGCAACAUCCACAAACUUGGACGCCUCCUACGACACGACUGGUUCUGUGUGACUGACCGAGACGGCAAGUCCAAGGAACGAUAUUUGUUUCUCUUCAAAGCUCGUAUUUUAAUUUGUAAGGUUCGACGGAUCUCAGAAGACAGAUCUGUAUUCGUACUUAAGGAUAUUAUUAGGUUACCAGAAGUAGAAGUAAAGGACCACAAAGAGGACCCAAAAGUUUAUGAACUUCAUCACAAACAACCAGAUUUCGGAAGUUAUCCGUUGAAACUAGCAGCUCACAAAGAUCGAAUAAAGGACGCCUGGUUGGCUGAAAUAAGACAAUACGCCACCGACGUUCUUGCGCUAGCAGAGCACGCGGCAGACGAUCUACGACUGCAGCCUUCUGUGGAGAACAAACGUCUUGAGCCUCUACAGGGAAUACACAUUGAGCCUGCCACUCCUGACCAGGUCAUACCUCUAGAACCGAGGGAUUCAGAGGCUAAACCGCAGAAGUCUGUUUUGCCAAAACGCUACAGCCCAGAAGCUGAGAAGAAGCCCAAGGAAGAAAAGGUAGAAGAAAAGCCAGAGCCUCAAAAGCCGAAGGCAGUUGAAAAGCAGGAAGAACCGAAGAAGAUUGAACCAGCAAAACCACCAGAACCGUCUGGAGAGAAAAGAAAAGAAGAAGAACCUGAUCUUCCUGUUGACAAGAAAGUCAAAUUUGAAGAACAAGAGAUGGAUUCUCACAGUAGUUCAAUCAGUAGAAGAGCUUCGACUAGAAAAGUUGUCUCGACUGAAGAAUAUCGCUCAGUGUCGAGCAGUCAGGAAGUGUACAUGGAGUCAUCGUCCACCCGAAGUUCGACAUCAGCUGGAAUGUCGAGCUCACGCAGUAUGAAGAUCAUCGAGGAGAGUGCCUCCGUCAACGGAAGGACAGUGGCUAGCAGCCGUGAGGUCAUCGGAGGAGGUUCAGGCUACUCGGCCAUCCAGGAAGUGUCAUCAGGAGGUGUAACCAUUGAAGAGAUCAGCAGCAAACAAGGCAGCAGCAGACUGGACGAACGGCGACGAUCCUCCGGCCCCAAACCUGUCUUUACGAAAACCAUUGAGGGAAUGCGCGUGCAACCUGGUGGGAAUGCGUUCUUUGAGUGUGAGCUGGACGAGAAGGCCAAGGUGAUUUGGUUGAAAGACAACAAACCGCUGGAGGACAAGUGGGCCGACAGGAUCACAGCAGUGUCCAGCGACACCAAACAUCGGCUGGAGAUAAAAGGCGCUCAUGAGAACGACACUGGACUGUACACGGCCAGAGCAGAGGACAACAGAGGAGUAUCCAGCUGUACGGCUCGCCUGCUGGUGGAGCAUUUCACCGAGUCGCAAGGCAAAGCUGGUGGUAGCAAAGAACCAGAGUUUACCAUCAGCCUCCAUGAUACGGAACUACUGGAAAACACCUACCUAAGAUUCAUGGUCAAGGUUCGAGGAGAUCCGAAGCCUGACGUCAAGUUCUACAAAAACGACCGGCUGAUCACUGUGGCCAAUGAGAGGAUAGAGAUCAUCAAGACAAACGCAGACAAGGGUUACUACGAGCUGGUCAUACCAGACGUUCAACAGGAGGACGCUGGAACUUACAAGUGCAUAGCUAGUAACAUCCACGGCGAGGUGGAGAGUGAGGGGGUUGUCACUGUCACUGACGACAAGAAGCUGUUUGAAGGUCUGGAAGACGCAGAGUUGCUGCAGCCAGGGGAGCAGCCAAACUUUACUUGGUUGAGAGACGGAAAACCUUUUGACCCCGAGGACCGGUUUAAAGUGCUCUUCAAGGAUGAAGAAGAUUCCUUGGCUUUAGUGUUCCAACACGUCAAGCCAGAAGAUGCUGGUCUUUAUACUUGUGUAGCGUCUACUUCUACUGGCAAAAUAUCUUGCAGUGCUGAGCUUACUGUCCAAGGAGAAGUAAGAGAAGUGAACACAGAUUCUCGAGUCAGUUUAAGACGCAGCACUCUUCGGUCGGUAAACCAGCUGAUGCGAGAGCCGCAGAAGCCGAAACUGUCAACCGAGGUGAAGAAGACGGAGUCGGCCAUUGGAGGGACGGCCAUGCUAGAACUGAAGGUGGAGGGCUUCCCCAAACCUGAUGUCAAAUGGAGUCAUGAUGGCAAGGACAUCACUGCUGGAGGAAGGUACAAGUUCCUGCACGACGUGGAGGAGGAGUCAAUGAGUCUGGUGAUCAAGAAUGUAGAGGCGAGUGACGCCGGAGACUACAAGAUAACUGCGUCCAACGAGCUGGGCGAGGACCACGACACUGUGCAUCUCAUGGUGAAAGCUCCUCCCAAGUUUAAGACGAAGCUGUCUGAUGUCUCUUGUAUGGCCAGUGCUGAGAUCAAACUGAAGGUACAAGUGGAAGGAUGUCCACAGCCUGACGUCAAAUGGUACAAAGACGGCAAGGUGAUCACCAAGAGUGACUGUAUCAAGACAUACAACGAGGCGGACGCCACUUACGAGCUGGUGAUAGACAAGGCGAGUCUGGACGAUGCGGGGGCGUACUCAGUUGUGGCGACCAACGAACUCAGUCAGACCUCCGAGUUCUGCAAGGUGGAGGUUCACAGUCCGCCAGAGUUUAUCAAGACCAUGACCAAACACAUAGAGACCAGUGAGGGAGACACAGUCACCUUCCAGGUGAAGGUCAGGGGUGACCCCAUGCCCUCUGUCAAGUGGCUGAAGGACGGUGUCGUGCUAAAGAGUGAUGGCAGUCACAUACAGAUAAGUGAGGAUGGAGCUACUCACACCUUGGUGGUUCAUGGUAUCAACCGCAAGGACACGGGCAAGUACAGUUGUGAGAUCAGCAAUACUCACGGAACGACGCGUGAUGACGGAGACAUGUUUGUCAAAUGUUGCCCUCAGUUCCGCCAGAAACUGAGUGACCAGAAGGCCAACGAAGGAGACACCAACAUCGAGUUCACUGUCAACAUCGAGGCCUUCCCCAAACCACAGGUCAAAUGGUUCCACAAUGAGGUUGAGAUAACGGAGAAGAAGACAGAGUUCACCAGAAUUGAAGAGGGAGACAACUACAAACUGAUCAUCAAAGAGGUGACGACAGAGUUGUCUGGGAAAUACAGUGUCAAAGUUGUCAAUGACCUCGGCAAAGAAGAAAGCACUUCCAAGUUCACCGUUUACUCCAAGCCGAGGUUCUCUAAGCCGCUGCCCAGUGAGAUCAAGGUAGACGAAGGUGCGAGUCUCACGUUGCAGAUUGAAGUAGAAGGAACACCUGAUCCAGCUGUUAAAUGGUACAAGAACGGCCAAGAGGUGACUGGCGACGCACACAUCAAGAUAUCGCGAGACUCUCAGCGCGUGGAGAACUACAACAUGACCUUCACGCUGGUCAAGGUCGCGGACGGAGGCGAGUACGAGGUGAGGGCAUCCAACGAGAUGGGAACCUCGGUGACCAAGACUACAGUGCUGGUGCAGACGCAAACCUCGAUGAUGGAGGGUGACGCGACCGAGGCACAACAAACACCCGAGCCGGCCAAGAAAGCAGAGACUGAGGAGGUGGAAAAGCCGAAACCGCAAGCUGCAAAAACGGCGACCACCGAAGAAGCGGUGGAUGAAGUUGUGGAGGAAAAGAAAGCGAAGACUGACAUUGUAGAAGAACCUACAAGAGGAACGAGGGACGAGAUUGAGGAAGUCACUCCGAAGGAACAGGAAAAACCCAAAACAGUCGAGGUGGAGGGAGGUGCCAUUCCACAGAAGGUUUCCAUCGAAGAUGUUGGAGAUGAAGAGCGAGACAUUUUCGAAAACGACAUAGCCAAAGUUGGCAGUUUCUCGUGUGUAGAACUUAAGGUGGAAAAUGAAAAUGAUGAGUUAGUGAACGGAUCUUGCUUGAUUGAAGAGUUUUCUGAAAGCGACGACAGAGGAAUGCGCUUGUCGAUCAGUCGCAAUGUUUCAAUUGUAUCUUUGUCUGAUGAUGAUAGGCAAACACCCUUGCCAAAAGACACACCAGAACGUGAAAACGCCCAGUUGUUUACCUUUGAAGACCAGGAAUCAGUUGAGGUAGCCUCAAAUAAAGGAACAGAAGAAGGUAUCCUAAAGAAGAGAGGAAUGUCUAUUGUAGAUGAAGUAGUGAAGGCUCACCAAGUGUCUGAGGAAAACUUAGACAAACCACAAUCUAGAAGAGCAAGUUUGUUGCAAAAAGAAAACAAAACUGUAGAAGAUUCUUGUACAGCUAAAGAGGUUAAAGAAGAUGAUUUAGGAUCCAGAAAAAAAUCUUUGACAGCUAAGAGAAUUUCAUUUGAGGAAAGAGAACAAACAAGCUCAAAUGAUGCUGAAGAUAAAAAAUCUAAAAUUACCCCUGUAGACCCAACAAGAAAGGGGGUGCUCUCUGAACAAAAUUUGGAAGAAGAGCUAACAAUAUCUCGAAAAACUUCAGUUGAACGGAGAGAAAGUUUUUCCAAAGUCAAUGUUACUAAUGUUUCUAUAAGUAGAAGGUCUUCGCAAAGUUUAAUUUGUAACGAAAUAAACAAAGCAGAAGUUUUUGACAGUGUACAAUCUAUACCAAAUAGCUUAGAAAGAGAAGAAACAAGCUCGAAUAAUGUUGAAGAUAAAAAAUCUAAAAUUACCCCUGUAGACACAACAAGAAACGGGGUGCUCUCUGAACAAAAUUUGGAAGAAGAGCAAACAAUAUCUCGAAAAACUUCAGUUGAACGGAGAGAAAGUUUUUCCAAAGUCGAUGUUACUAAUGUUUCUAUAAGUAGAAGGUCUUCGCAAAGUUUAAUUUGUAACGAAAUAAACAAAGCAGAAGUUUUUGACAGUGUACAAUCGAUACCAAAUGGCUUAGAAAUCACUAAAGAAUCUUGUGAAUUUCAAGAGAGUGGAUUUGAAUUGAAUGGAAAAGGUUUGAAUUCCAUAGAAAUGCAGAGUCCGUCCAAAGCCUUGAAAGUUGAUAGUGGAAAUUCUGUGGAUUCAAAUGGUCUUUCUUCUAAUACAGAAACUCCAAAAGAAAUCAAGCAAGAAUCCCUGCAGGAAGCUGAACUAAAAGAUGAUGAAGAUACUACUGGUGAUUCUAAAACUGAUGAAUUGAUAAAAAGAAUAAAAAAACAAAGAAGUAUUCUUGAGGAAUUAAUUGACAAGGAAGAAGAACAAGGUUUUGAAGCUGCUCCGGAGAUUCUGUCUGCCGAUAUGAACGAUCGCACUGUGUAUGAGUCUCUUUCUACUGUCUUUGAGGUUGAAGCCAAGGGAGUUCCACGGCCAGAAGCUAAGUGGUACAAGGAAAAUGAAGAGUUGAAGGUGGAUGACCACACAAAGAUCUCUGAGCAAGGUCAGAAGUAUCGGCUGGAGCUGCGUAACAUCAAAGUGGCAGACGCUGGCUAUUACAAGUGCAAAGUUGUGAACAGACUGGGCGAGAAGGUGCAGACUGCCCAACUGUCUGUGCUGACGGAGGCUGCUCUACGAGAGCCCAAGUUCAAGACUCCACUCAAGCCACAGGAGGUGCCAAAGGGUCAGGAUGUCACCUUCACUGCUGUCGUCACUGGAGAUCCCAUUCCGGAGGUUAAAUGGACCAAGGACGGUGAAGACAUUAGUGUGAGAUUCACCCUGGCCAGUACAGAUAAAGAAGUGAAGGACGGACUGAAGGAAUGUACGUUCACACUCAAGAUACCCGCAGGCCGUCACGAAGAUACUGGGGAGUACAAGGUCACAGCAUUCAACAAGUGGGGCUCAGCCGACAGCAGUGCUCGUCUGGACAUGGUGUUCCGACCGGAGAUCAUAUGUUACAAGGACACAACCUGCACUCCGUACGAGCAAGUGGAACUGAUAGCUAACAUACUGGCCAACCCUCGUCCCAAUAUCACUUGGCUGGCUGGCAACAAGGUGGUGAAGGAUGACGAACACUCAGUGAUGGACAACAACACAAAAGAUGAAGUUUACAAGUUGAUCUUGAAGAAUGUCGGAGUGGACGAUGAGAACGUCUACACGGUCAAGGCAAGCAACAAUGUAGGAGAGUCUGAAGCCAAAGCGAAACUGACAGUUCAUACGGAGAAACCGUCUCUACUGAAGCAGCUCGACGGACAGACGAUCAAGGACUAUCACCCCGUGGAGUUUAAAAUCAGAGCUAUUGGGAUACCUAAACCUCAAAUUAGCUGGUACAAAGAUGACAAGAAGUUAGUCAGUGACGGCCAUAUUGUCAUUGAAGACGCUACAGAAGGUCAAGCUUGUAGUACUUUGUCUAUUGGUCACUUCUGUCACGCUGACGUUGGUCAGUACACAGUGAAGGCAGCCAAUCUAGCAGGUGAGGCGGAGAGCUCGGCCAGUCUCAAGAUGGCUCAGAUUCCUCCGAGCUUUUCCAAGACGCUGGACCGCAGCAUCGACCUGGCCGAGGCAGAUCCUCUGGAGCUCAGAGCCAAGGUGGACGGCAGUCCCAUGCCUCAGGUCAAGUGGUUAAAGGAUGGAGAACCGCUAGAGCCGAGUGACCGAGUGAAGAUCUCCGUGGCUCCUGAUGGCUCAGUCAAGUUGAACAUUGACAGUGUCAAGCCCACUGACUGUGGAGCAUACAAGCUGAUGGCGAUCAAUGAAAACGGAGAAAGUUCCAGCAUCUGCGCCGUCGCUGUUGCUCCGGAGGCCAGACAGCCGCAGUUCACCAAGGGUCUGACAGACACAGCCGCCGUGGAAGGAGAACCUCUCAGAUUAGAGGCGCAAGUCGCUGCAUUCCCGACACCCGAGGUGAAGUGGACCAAAGACGGACACCCGGUGAGACCUUCGCCUCACGUCAUCAUGAGCACUACACCCGCGGGUGUGCUCACACUGGCUAUAGACAAGGUGAAGCCUGAAGAUGCAGGUACCUAUGAAGUGGCAGUGUCCAACAGGCUGGGAGAUACUUCCUCUAACGCUAAGGUGGAUGUGAAGCAGAAGGAGAAGAAGCCUCAGUUCCUAGCCCAGCUGCAGCCGGUGACCGUUGUGGAAGGAUUCCCAGCAAAGAUGGAGGUCAAGGUGGUGGGACAUCCUCCGCCCACCAUCGCGUGGUCUCUGAACGGCAAACCCUUGGUGCCUGAUGGGAAGCAUGUGAAGAUCGUGGAUGGUCCUGACGGAUCACAAACUCUUCUGAUAGACAAUGCUACACCAGCAGACGCUGGCACUUACAGUGUCACAGUGAAGAAUCCCCAGGGUGAAGUCACUAGUCAGGCGCCUCUGUCUGUCACAGCCAGAGCUAAGACAGACGCUCCUGAGCAGGCACCCAGUCUGCCCAAGGGUCUCCGAGACGCUGUGGCUGAUGAGGACUCGCCUCUGGUCUUCUCUGCCCCCUUCCUCGGCAACCCUGUGCCCGGCGUGGUGUGGAGCAAGGACGGAACUCCUCUGCAGUCUGGGGAUAGAGUGGCCAUCACCUGCGAUGGAAACAAGAUUGGUCUGGAGAUCAACCCUUGUAAGCCUGAGGACGCAGGUACUUACAGUGUCAUGUUAACCAACCCCUUAGGAGAGGUGAAGGAGGAGGCUAAGGGAACUGUGCGCAAGAUCUACCAGAGGCCGCUCUUUACACAGAAGUUCAACGACCUUCAGCAGCUGCCUAACUACGAUGCCAAACUGAUGGCUCGAGUGACGGGGACACCCAAGCCGGAUGUGACAUGGUACAAGGGAGACACCAGACUGUCUGACAGUGACAAGUAUAGACUGAAGAGAGACGGAGACGCUGUUUAUCUCUACGUACAGGACUGCUGUCUAGACGACUCAGGAGUGUACAAGUGUGUUGCUACAAAUCGCGAGGGCGAAGACACUUGCCAAGCUGAGCUGGAGGUGGUGGAUAAACUUGAGAGGAAGCCCAAGGCUGAACCGCCAGUGUUCCUAAAGAAGAUUGGAGACUGUGAAGUGUUCAAGGGGAUGACGGCCAAGUUCACGGCCUGCGCAAUGGGAUAUCCAGAGCCUGAAGCGGAGUGGUUCCGGGGCAACGACAAACUUUUCCCCAGCGAACGCAUCAGGAUGGAACGAGAAGGCACAGGUCUACUUAGAUUGUCCAUCAUAGGUGUAGACCCAGCCCUGGACGUAGGACAGUACAAGUGUAGAAUAUACAACCCUCACGGGGAGGAGACAUGUGAUGCUCAUAUGAUCUAUGACUCUCUGGACGUCAGGCCUCGCAAGCCCAUCGGUGAGCAGUACGUAGACUUUGACAAGUUCCAGAAGACAGGCGCCCCACUACCACUGUCUGACCGUCCCAUCAUCAGUCGCAUGACAGACCGACGCCUCACGCUGUCGUGGAAACCCUCCAUUCCCAUCGGCCCACGUGACCCGGUCACUUACCAGGUGGAGAUGUGCGAACUGCCGAGCGGAGAGUGGUUCACGGCUAGGACUGGUGUGAGAAGCUGUGCCUGUGACAUAGCUAACUUGGAGCCAUUCAGAGAUUAUAAAUUCCGUAUCAGAGUAGAAAACAAGUAUGGAGUCAGCGAUCCAUCUCCCUUCGCCCAGACAUACAGACAAAAGUUGGAGCCAGAUCCCCCCAAGUUUAUCCCGUAUCUGCCUCCAGGCAUCGAUUUCCGACCGGAGACUUCCCCCUACUUCCCUAAGGACUUUGAUAUCGAGAGACCUCCCCACGACGGCUACGCUCAAGCUCCCAAGUUCUUGCGGCAAGAACAUGAUUGCCAAUAUGGAGUCAAGAACCACAACUGUAACUUGUUCUGGUUUGUCUACGGCUACCCCAAGCCUAAGAUGACGUACUUCUUCAACGACGAACCGAUAGAGAUGGGAGGAAGAUAUGAUUCUAGCUACACCCGCAACGGACAAGCGACACUCUUCAUAAACAAGAUGCUGGAAAGAGACGUGGGGAUGUACGAGGCAGUGGCGACCAAUGAGCACGGUAUGGCUCGUCAGAGAGUGCGGCUGGAGAUAGCAGAAUACCCAGAGUUCCUACAGCGGCCCGACGAAACCAUCGUGAUGGUUAGGCGCUCGGGGCGCAUCGAGGCACGAGUCAUCGGAGUGCCUUACCCAGAGAUAAAGUGGUACAAAGACUGGCAGCCGCUGGCUUCCUCCAGUAGAAUCAAGAUGCUUCAACACCUUAUCAACAUCUUUCCCGGGUCUGGGCAGUCGAGUGAGAACAGCGGCAACGGAAAGAUUCAACACAUAGAGCCAGACCUGUGUAUACUGAUCAUCAACGACGCCAUCACAAAGGACGAGGGCUUGUACAGUAUCUCAGCACGCAACAUCGCCGGUAGUGUAUCCAGCUCCGUGAUGGUACGUGUGGAGGAGAGUGAGUCAGACUAUGGCUAUCUCACCUACGGCAAGGGACGCAACGUCAAGCCCAAGAUAAAACCUUUGGGCGAAUUCUACGACCUGGGCGAUGAGCUGGGCAGAGGCACUCAGGGCAUCACAUACCACUCUGUAGAGCGGCUCAGUGGUCGCAACUACGCUGCCAAGAUCAUGCACGGCAAGGGUGAGCUGCGAGGUUUCAUGCGCAAUGAGCUGGAGAUGAUGAACAUGUUGAACCAUCGCAAGUUGAUCAGACUGUACGAUGCUUAUGAGAGCCCACACACAUUCACUUUGGUCACAGAAAUUGCUGCUGGUGGCGAAUUACUGUACAACCUUACCAAGCAGACGUUUGUUACUGAGUCUGAGAUUGCUGGAUACAUCCGUCAAAUCUUGUGGGGCUUGGAACACAUGCAUGACCAGAACAUUGCCCAUCUUGGUCUGACACCUGGUGAUCUUCUCAUUUCUCACCCUGGUGGAGAUGACUUAAAGAUCUGUGACUUUGGUCUCGCCAGGCGUAUAGCUUACAACAGACUCGCUUCUUUGGAGUAUGGUAUGCCAGAGUUUGUAGCUCCGGAGAUAGUAAAGGGUGAAGGUGUGAGUUUCCCAGCAGACAUGUGGUCAGUGGGAGUCAUCACUCAUCUGCUGCUCACGGGCAUAUCUCUGUUUAGAGGACAAGACGAUCGUACCACACUUACCAACAUCAAGGAGAACAAAUGGGAGUUCCGGGAGGACAUUUGGAAGUACUUGUCAAUAGAAGCUAGGGACUUCAUCACAAAGCUGUUGGUAUUUGAUGCCGAAGGUCGGAUGGAUGUGAAAGCAGCCUUGCGACAUCCUUGGCUUAACUCGGCAGACAAGAUGCCUUCCAACCAACACAGUAUUACUACUGACACUCUCCGCAACUACUACAACCUGCUAAAGGACUGGUAUGCCAAUGCCUCAUGCAGAACAUGGUACCGACGUAUGCCACUGGAUGGUGCUUUCACUCACCCAAGCCGCAUGGUCUACCCACCCGGACGAGCUUACACACCCGACCCGACCCCUCCACCCGAGCAGACAAGCAAGGCGGGUACACCCAGAACCUGGGAAGACCAGAUCCCUUCUCGCAAACCUCUGGACUACGAGCUGUGUGCCGUCAAGUCUGAGAGUCACUACCAGAACGGUCCGGACACUUACCUGUUGCAACUGAGGGAUGUAGACUUUCCUGUGCGACUGAGGGAGUAUAUGAAGGUGGCUGCUGAGAGAUGUCCUCUGUCCAGAGGGAACUACCACGACAGAGACAACCCACACGUCGACUGGAGGACGCCAGUGAUCCGAGAGCGUCGCAGGUUCACAGAUGUCAUGGACGAGGAGAUUGACGACGAAAGGAAAGAGAGGAUCAACCGUUACGGCUCCCCAGACAUGCACACAUUGAGGAGGAUAAGACACGAGCUUGGCACCCGGCUGGACUCUCACGUCGAGGCUGAGGCACUGAUGGCAGCACGGCGCGACGGGAUGGCACCAUUCUUCAGAGAGAAACCACAGACUUUGCCUGUAGAAGAGGAUAAGCCAGCAGAGUUGGUUUGUUUUGCCGUUGGAGACCCCAGACCCGUUGUGCAAUGGUUUAAGAAUGACAUGGUGCUCACAGAAAGUCAUAGGAUAAAAAUCCAGGAAGAUGAUUUUGGACGCUCAAUUCUUAGGUUCAACCCAGCCCAUGCAUCAGAUAUUGGAAUUUACAAAGUGACAGCGAGAAAUAAGAGUGGGCAGACUGUUGUUCGCUGCAGGGUAGUUCUAGCAGAGACGCCUCAUGCUCCCGACUCUCCCGAUGCUUCAGACAUCUCAGACACAGAGAUUCUGCUGAGAUGGAAGCAACCCAAGUGUGACGGAAACUCACCCGUCGUCUGCUACAGUGUACAGUGCAAGGAGUCUGACGCCGUGGACUGGAUCGACCUAGCCAGUAACAUUGACCAUGAGUUCUACCUCGUAAGAGACCUCAAGCCUAAUACUAGCUACCAGUUUAGGCUGGCCUCCAAGAACAAGAUUGGCUGGAGCGAGAAAGGGAUCCCAACAAAAGCGAUCAAGACAUCAGAACCAGGUGUGCCCAAAAUACAAAUGUCCAGAGCUAUGAAGCAUCUGCAGGAUAUUGUGGAGAGUGGACAGGAAGUGGUCCACGAGGAGCAGAAAUCUCACCUCGAGUACAAAGUUGAGAAAAACCCCAUCCAUUGGAGCCACGACCAACCCACCGAGAAGUACAACUACAUCUCAGAAAUAUCCAGAGGUAGGUUCUCUGUGGUAGUGAAGGGUAUAGACAAGUCCAACGACCGCGUAGUAGUGGCCAAACUACUAGAGUACAGACCAGACACUGAAGUCGCCGUGGAUGCUGAAUUUGAAGCCUACAGGUCUCUCAGACACGAACGCAUCGCCUGCCUCAUCGAGGCCUACAAACCGUCAAAUGCUCAAGUGGCUGUUUUCAUUGAGGAGAAAUUACAAGGAGUGGACGUUCUUACUUACCUGUCUAACAGACAUGAAUAUACAGAACAGACGGUCGCCAACAUCAUAACCCAGGUUCUGGAUGGUCUGCAGUAUCUGCAUUGGAGAGGAUUCUGUCAUUUGGAUCUACAGCCUGACAACGUAGUCAUGUUGUCUGUGCGGAGUGUACAAGUCAAGCUGGUGGACUUUGGCGCGACACAACGUGUCAGCAAGAUCGGCACAGUGGUCAAGAGUCUAGGACACCCUGAGUUCACAGCGCCCGAGGUUCUAAGUGAGGAGGCGGCCUAUCCCCAGACAGACAUUUGGUCUGUGGGUGUUUUGACUUAUGUGCUGCUGUCUGGGGUGUCACCCUUCCGUGGGGCCAACAAGGAUGAGACAAGACAGAACAUCAACUUUGUACGCUUCAGGUUUGAACAUCUGUACAAGGAGCUGACACAAGAGGCUACGAGAUUCAUCAUGCUGGUGUUUAAGAGGCAUCCUCACAAACGGCCGACAGCAGAGGAAUGCCAUGAACAUCGCUGGUUGCUCCCCACCGAGUACAUGAUCAAGCGAAGAGAGAGAGCAGUCUUCCUCGGUAACAGACUCAAGGAAUACAGCGAACAAUACCACAACGAGAAAGCCACCGAGAUCACAAAGUUUGAGUCCCUUACAAGUGCCGUCAGAAGUCUGGGACCAAACGUCACACGUUCCAACAGCAUUGUGGAGGAGAUUCUGUCCAUCUAGAGCUUCGGACGGGAAAUUCAUUAAACCAUGGCUGUGGAUAGUGUUGAAAAAGAGAUGAACUUUGUUAAUCUGUACGAAUGUAAAUGUCUUGUUACCAAGUGAAUUAUUUUGUUUUAUUAUAACACAAAGUCGAUUCCACACUUUCAUGUAAAUUACCUUUGUUAGAUAUUGUUAUAAAAUAUAUUUACGUUAGUAAAAGAGAGAGAACUUUGAUUUUUUUAUCAGAGUUUGAAACUUUUGAACUGCUUCACUUGAUUUUUUGAAGUUAUGUUCCUUUCUUUUCAUUGUACAUAUAUUAUUUUACCAAAGUUGUUGGGUGAAUGAAAGAUGUGGUGGACUCAUGUUUUCAAACUUGUUUUAAUUGUUGGUGAAGUACAAUUUGUUGAUACUUUGUAUGAUUUUUAUUGUUUUGCUCUUUGUUAAUAAAUGUUACAUAAAGUGUGGAA